AUGGCAACUCUCCAAAAAACUAGAAACCCCAAAACUAAUAGCUUUACCUCCAUUUUGGAUCAGAUCCUCAAUAAAUAUAACCUAUUGGCUGAAUCAAACCCACUUCAAUUAUGUGCUCAUGCCGAUGAGCUUGGUACUAUGCUACCAGAUUGGAAGGCUUGUAAAGAUGAAAGAGCUCAAUAUUGUGCAAAAACUGAAGAUGUGUGGGAUAUUUGGUUACAUGCUUUAGAUUUAAUCAAGACAAAAAAUGAUAGUGAUGAAGAAAUUGUCACAUCCAGCUCACAUCUUACAUUAUUUCGUAAGGAAUUGAAAGAAGCUGGAGUUGAUUCUAAAGUAAUUGAUAUAUAUGCUAAAUUUCCAGCACUUACUCAAGAUUCUAACAAAAUUCAGAAGAAGCAACUUGUACAGCGAUUACCCAAUGCUCCUAAAAUCCCUAAACACUUCUCCUUAGGGGAGUGA